AUGGGCUCGUAUCCUUCUUCAUCCUUUCAAAACCGAAGCAAUUCUUUUCAACAUUCGAGAGCAAGUGCACAGUAUUCAUUGGACACAAACCGCUCGGCCAAGACCUACAAAAAACCGCCUCCCAUCAAAAUACCCAAAAACUCGAGAGAACUCGAUUUCAGAUAUAUUGACCCAAAUGAAGACCCCCCAAUAGACGAGGAUAAAAUUCGGUCGUUUUCUCCACCUCCUUCUCGGCGUAAUCUUCUUGAAGAAACUUAUAAUGAGGGUGCAGAGACUGAUCACAAACGUGUUUCUCCUCAAGCUGCAACUGCGUCGGAUCAAGAAACAACUUUUAAAAUUGGAGAAGAUGACGAAGAGUAUGAGACCAAGACAUCCAGUGUAAAUCUUGAAACAGACGAUGAGGAUGCGUCAUACACAGAAUGUUUGAUGGAGGACACGAGUAGUUUCCAAAUUUUCUCAAUAGCUAAUCCCUUUCUGUAUCUACGAUCCACAAGUUGUAGAUACAGUCCAGUAGUAGGACAUUUAUCUUCGACCAACGGCUCGAACACCUCUUCUGAAUCAGGUUCUAAUACAUCCUUUGACGCUGAUAACCAUUCUCCCACUUCAAACCUUACCAUUUUCACAAAUUCUGUCCUAAAUGCAAAACAAUCGUUGUCCCCCACCUUGUCAAAAACAAAAAAGAGAAGAAGUCACUCGCUUAUGCCUCUUCAACCAGUUUCAACACCCGCUUCUCAAGAAUCCCCUUUAGAGCAAGCUUCAAAUGCCUCUCGAACAAGAAGUCGAAGCGUUUCUGAUAGUCCCUCCCUCAACUCACCCGUCACCAUCAACACUAAUACUCAGUUCAAUGAGUCGGUCCAACCAUCCUCCGAAGUAUCAUCUAACAAAUCUCCCCCUAGUUCAAAACAAAAACGAAACUCUGUUAUUCAAAAUAGCCGACCCAACUCACCACCUCCAACAUUUUCAAUUACUAUCUCGUCUCCAGCGGAAGAAGAGAUGUCAAGCACAAAGAGGAUCCGUUCAAAAGAGGAACUUCCAAUGGUUACGAAAGAUUUGAAUGAAUACAAAAUUGGAAAAUCGUCUUCAAGUAAGGGAGACAUACAAGACUACAAUCUUUCAGAGUUUAAGAUGGGAGUGACAACGAAGAAGAAUGGAGACGGUAUUUGGAAACUGGCGAAUUCUCCACUUGGGCCGCAAAAGAAGCAGAAGAAAGUCAAUUUUAUGGGACCUCUAGUGGAUAUUCUGGUUCAUGGAGGAUUAGGAGUUCCAACUAAUCAUAAAAUUCGAAGACAUUCCUACACCCCAGCUCCUAAAUCAAGCCCAGACUUGGUGCAAGAUCAGCCAAAAACUCCAAACUCUCCAUCAUCACCUUCCAGACCUCCCUUUUCCCCAACUCAAACUCCUCAAUCACCCUCGUCAAACAAAACUAAUUUUUUGUCUCCAAACUCCUUGCUAACACCGAACCCUUCACAAUCGAAAAAGAGAGAAUUGAGAAAAUCAGUGGCUGACAUUUCACAACCAGAACCUGUCCAAGUUGAGCCCUCACCAAAACUAUUUGUGGCAACCAUCAGCAAAACAAGAAGAAUGUCGUUGAAAGACGAGAAUGCAGAACGUUUGAAUGAUUUAUUGCUCAGACAAAAAUUAAACCAAUAUAAAGUGUAG